ACAGUGAUUUGAGUCACAAUUUUUGCAUCUUCAUGUAACUGUAGUGUAAUUUUAUUAGAUAUGCUGGCCAGUACGGCAGACUGGGCUGGCUAUGGCUGUGGCGGUAUCUGGUGAUCCUCAGACCCCUGGACUAUGCCCCGAGGGUCACAUGAUAUUGCAAUCUGCUGCAGUCCGGGGUCAGACAUGUUCUCUGCAACUCCCCACCACCGCUAAGUUGUGCGAAUAGUUGCCACCGGUAAAAAAGCCCGAACAGCCUAAGAUGGAGAGAAGGAGACCACCAAUUUUCAGACCAAAAUCGAGAACAGAUUCAAGCAGCGCAAGUGGUAGCAGGUUGGAUGGUGGUCGGCUCAGAGGAGACGGCGGUGGAAGCAGCGACGAGGACAUGUCGAAGGACCUCAGACAUCGUCUCCAAGAAGAGGCGUCUCUCUACAGAAGACGUCUGGACACUUACAGGCAGGCUCAACAGAACCAGGCAGCUCUGGUCAGUCGAUUGCAAGCCAAGGUCUUACAGUACAAGCAAAGAUGUGCAGAUCUUGAGGCUCAAAUGACUCAAAAUCCAAUAUACUCAAGUGACCAACCCAGUUCAAUAACCCCAUCAUAUCCCACUCCUUCACAUCCUCCAAGCUCGGCCAUGGAGCAAGCUCAACAACAUUUAAGGGACAUUAGAGAAGAAAGAAUCACAGACUUAGACACUGCUCUACAAAGACUGCAUGAAGAACGUAGAAAGAAUGAAAAAUUGAUGAACGCAAAUACGUCUCUUAGGGAACAAUUAGAAGAAUCUCACAGUACCAAUGAAGCUCUCACUGCUGAUCUCCAGAAACUGACCAAUGAUUGGGAAGCCCUUCGUGAAGAAAUGAUCAUCAAAGAGGAUGAGUGGAAGGAUGAAGAGCAGGCAUUUAACGAUUACUACAGCACGGAACAUAACAGACUUUUGAAUCUUUGGAGAGACGUAGUAUCAGUGAAACGAUUAUUUAUGGAUGUUCAGUCGAAUACUGAGAGAGAUCUCAACAAGAUACGAUCCGAGGUUUCUGGAAUUGGCAAGGAAAUGCUUAUGGCCUGCAGCCGGAUGGAUGCCAAUGUUUUUACGGAAAGCGUUUUAGGUCAAGGACAAGAAAAGCACCAGUGGGAACAAGAAUAUUCAGAACUUAAGACAGAGAUGGAAACCAUGAGAAUUAAACAGGAAAACUACCAGUCCGAAAUCCAAAUGAAGGAAGACAGAAUCCAACAACUUCUCAAAGAUAUACAGAUACUGGAGGAGAGAUGUGCAGAAGCAGAACAAAAUUGUGGACAGAUGAUGAGAAUGCAGGAAGACACCGAUAUCCUACAGGGUGCGCUAAGGGACAUUGCCCAUGCUCUUAUACAAGAUGCGGAAUCGAAAGAACUAGAAACACUUUUACAGCCGACACAUCUUCAUCUAAGCGCAUCUACACCGAUACCACAAAAAUCACCAAAACGAGCGGCUCGCGGUAUGACUUCCCCAGCAGCAUUUGCUGAGAGUACGAUAUCAGCUGUGCAAGCCGCAUUGCACAAAUACCAGUCAUAUAUCCACGAACUACAGGUGAAGCUCCAGUCGAAUAAGGAGCAACUUUUGUUAGUUCGCAAGCAAUAUGAGAAUUCUGAAGACAGCGUGGUAGCUUUGGAAGAUCGAGUGAAAGAGCUGGUGGCUCAACUGGAUGCUUGUCGUUCACAAGGCGCACAAAUGGCUCAGGACAGAGAACUAUUGCAAAAAUCCCUGGAUAACGUAAAAGCUGAGAAAAAUCAACUGGAUAGAACUCGUCUGGAACUUAAUAGCGUUAUAGAGUCUCUCAAUCAAGAUUAUGACAAGUUACAGAAAAUCAAUAACAAACUGCAGAAAGAAGUGGACAGUUUACAGGAUGAAAAAAUAUUUUUGCAGUCUGAAGUCGACAGGUUGAAUCAAGAGUCCGAUUUAAGAGAAAUCACCUUGAGAGGUGAAGAAGAUAGAUGCAGCAGGAUGAGGGAAGAACUGCUUUCGGUUAGGGAGGAACUAAAUAAGUUGUACUUAUCUUACGACAUGCUCGAAGCUCAGAAAUUGGAAGCCGACAAUCUCAUCGCCAAUUUAGAAAAGAUAAAAAUCGAAUAUGAAAUUCAAUUAGACAAAGCACAAGGGGAGAGAACGGAUGUCCAUGACUCUUUAAUGAAGAAAGAAACAAUUGCAACCAACCUUGAACUUGACAAGAAAAAAUUACAAGAAGAUCUAAGAAAGUUAGAAGAAGAAAAACUGGCCUUACAACACCAGUGCAAUGACCACCAAAACGACAUCCAGUCUUUAAGAAAAGAACUACUACAGGCGGAACAACAAAAAUUAGAUUUAGAGUCUGAUAAAGUGUCUUUGUCUGAAAAGUGUAAAUUUUUGGAUAUAGAAAAAGGAAAAAUCGAAAUGGAGCUCAAUCAAGUAACGAGAGAAAGAAAUGAUCUCAGCAAUCAGCUUACAGUGCUCGGAAGAAAACGAGACGCUCUAAAUGAAGAACUCAACAGGUGCAGACAGAGAUUGGAGCAGGCGAAUGAAACCAACGCAAGAGUCAAUCGGAAUUUGGAAGAACUCGUAAAAGAAUGCGAAGAGAAGCAGUGUACAAUUGACGCGAUGGACAAGGAUAUGCAGCGCCUUCAAGAACUCCUGGCUGCUGUCCGAUCAGAGAAGGAAGCCUUGGAAGCAGUCUUAUUCGACACUCAAACCAACCUCGAGGCUUCCGAAGAAAAAAAAGUGCAACUGGAAAAAGAUCAACAAGAGUUGCUUGUAAAACAGGAACAACUAAAGUCUCAAGUCGCGAGACUAACUAAAGAUUUAGAAAGAUCAGAGAAAAGAUGUGUGGAAAUCAGAAGCAGCUUGUCGAAUGCGGCAGGGAAUAAGGAAGUAGAAUUCAAGCAAACAGUGGACAAGCUAAAGCAGCAGAACGAGGAGACUGUGAGAAAACUUACAGAGGAACGGGAGAAAAUUAGAAGUUCUCUAGAGAAACGGCUGCAGCAGUCCUUGCAUCAGUUGGAAAGUGAAAAAGAUGCGGAGAUUCAACAACUCAUAGACAGAAUUGAAAGUCUGCAGAAUCACAUCGACAAUCUUUGUCAACAACACGAGGAGCUAAUGUUGCGAGCUGAAAACGAUAAACAACAAGCGCUGCUUAUAGCCCAUCAUGACCAACAAGCCCUGCAUGACAGACUAGAGGAGACUAGGAGGGAGUUGGAGAAUGAAAGGGACACCCUAGAAAGGUUUAGGAGGGAGGCAAAUGGUCGGUUUGAACAGGACAGAGCCAACAUCAACCAACUGAAGGACGAAUUGAAUAAGUUCAAGACUAGAUUGGAAGAGGCCAGAGCCAGGUAUGAGGAUGAUAGGAAUAAACUGGAACAGAGGAUAGAAGAAGUCAAAAUUGAAAGAGAUAAUUGUCAGAGUGAGGUGGAAAAUUUGAAGGUGCAGUUGCAUCUUUGUGAGGACAAAGGUGAAAGUGUUAGCAACCAGCUUCAUGAGACUAUUAGGAAGCUCAAAGAAGCUGAGAAUAAUUCAGAAUCGUUGAGAAAGGAACUCACCGAUGUUCGCAGACUUCUAGCGGAUAGUAAUUUCGAGAAGGAGAAAUAUCACAACACGAAUAAAGAAUUAAGGGAUCAUGUCAAGAGAACGGAAAGUGAGAAGAGAGAACAGGCUAGACAGCUAGAGGAGGCCUAUCAGAAAAUUACAAAUCUUGAAGAACUGAAAGUAUCUGUGGAAAAUGAAAGGAACCGACUACAGAACCAAAUAAGGGACUUGGAAAAAGAACAGUUGCAAACGGAACACAAAAUACAAAGUCUGCAAGAGGACCUGCAGAGAACCCAGGCCGCUGGAACACAACAGCAGGCCGAAGAGAAGGAAUUACAGGCCAGGCUCUUAAAUGAAGUUGAGGAACGUGAACGGUCACACCAGGAAGUGCACCAGCUAAGAAAACAGAUGUCCGAACUUGAGAGGAACUUGGAACAGACGAGACAAGAGCUUGGAAGGACAAGGUCGCACUCUGCCCAGCUCGAGGAACAGUGGCACGCGCGAGAACAAGACCUACUUGUACAUUUGGAAGACGGCAGGGUUAGAGAAAAGAGGCUGGAGGACCAGAAACACAACUUGGAGGUUUGCCUGGUGGAUGCCACUCAACAAAUACAGGAAUUAAAGGCAAAAUUGGGUGGGGCAGAAGGAAGAGUAAGGGCGUUAGAAGCUCAAUUGGCUCAGUUGGACUCGUCUAAACGAGACACUGAACAAAAAUUGAGCAGUGUCGUGUCAACCUUAAAAAGGAUAGCUGGAAUACAAUUGGAUGGUACCGUCACGAUGCCUUAUAGACUUUUAAGCCCGUCGAGGAGGUGGAGUCCUGCUAGAAGUAAAAAAAUUGUUAUAUGUCCACAAUUUUCGCAUAUUUUUACAUGUUUUUUUGUUUUGUUUUUAGCUCACGAUGAGAAAGAUGGAACGAUAGACGUAGAUCCGGAAAUUGUCAGAAAAGGUGUUAGAAAUUUAAUGCAGCAAGUUGCUCAAAUCGAAAGAGAGAGGGAUGACUACAAAACUCAAGUACAAACGGCCAAAAAGCAAUUACAAGAGGCUCACGAGAAUCAGAACAAAGGCGACAGCAAGCUCAGUAAAGUUCUGCAAAACCUCCGCACCCUGCAAGAAGAAAAGGGCAGUUUGGAGGCAAAGUUAGGUCAAAAAAAUAUAGAACUACAAUCACAGAACGAUGCCUUAGCGAAGAAAACAGAGGAAGCCAAAGUGAUGAGGGAGAAAGUCGUGACAUUAGAGCUGUCGUUGAGUAGCGGCUCUGAACAAAAACUACAGUAUGAGGAUAAGCUGGAGAAAAUGAAGGUGGCGUUGGGGAGACUGGAGGCAGAAAAGAGAAAUUUGCAGGAAGAACUGAGCAGGGUUGAAAGUAGAUCCACCAAGCUAGAAUUGCAAAGAAUGUCAGCAGAAGGUGAUCUGCAGAGACUGCAGAUGAUGCUACAAGAAAAAGACUCUACUAUUCAGAAACUUCAAGAGAAAUGUGAAAACCAAAGCAGGACUGUGGCCAGUUUAGAGGAGAGAUGUGUUUCUCUAAAAUCUACGAUUGAUCAGAUGACUUUAUCAUUGGAGAGAGCACACCAAAGCGAGACCGAGUUGAAAUCUGAAUUGCAAAUAUUGCAACGAUCUUUAAUGGAUGCCACUUCGAGUUCUCAAACGUCAACAGAAAGGCUCAAACAGUUACAAAAGCAACUGGCAAACAGCGAAAACGAGAGACGUGUCGUAACAGAAAGGUUCGAAGCAACUCAGCAGAACUUGGCCGAAAUGAGGAGGAACAACCAGAUAUUACAAGACCAGGUGUCUCGGUUAAAUAACGAACUGGCAAAUAAUGAAGUGCAGAGAUCCGGGUUAGAGUCUCAGCUGAGGCUUGCUCAGUGGCCGACAGAAACAGGAAUAAGCUCCCACCAAGAAGAGGAGCUGAGAACGCAGUUACACUCAAUUCAAAGGGAACGGAAUGAACUGAGAGGAAAAGUCGAUUCAUUGAACAAUAAGGUAAGACAAUUAGAAUCUGAUAAACGCAACAUAGAAAGGGUGGCUUCUAAAGCUGCUACGACGACAGUCCGGAGUAAAUCAUAUGAACGUCCAGAGAAAUAUGAAAUGGACUCGAGUAUAACAGAACUGGAUCGAUACGAGCAAGAAAACCACGAGUUGAGAUUAAAGAUAUCGCGCCUGGAAAAUGAACUUUCUGAAAGAGAGGCUGAACUGACUAGGUUAAGGAGUCAAAGGCCUGGCUUAGAUGCCAAAUUCGAUCGGGCUGAAAUAGAAAGAUACAGGGCGGCUCAAUUGCAGGCGGAAAGACUGCUGGAGGCCAGAGAACAGAGCCAUCGUCAACAGGUAGCUAGAUUGGAAAAUCAGGUUACUUUAUUGCGAGAACAACUCAACCAAGAAAUAAAACGAAGGCAGCAGUACGUCCUGAGAAGCACAAAAGCCGGUCGGGAGAUGCAACAGCUUCGGCAGGCCCUGGGAGACUCCUUACGAACGGUCUCCCAAGAUCCUUCCUUAGAUGCGCUCCUUCUGGAGCACGAAGCAAGGAAAUUAGAUAACACCUUGUCCAGCACAGCCAGCUUGCCUCCGGCUCUGGCUCUGCCUUCAUCUUCGUACCGAAGAUCGACCACGCCGCAACCAAAAUAGAAUUUAUGGUUUCGUAUCAGACUUAAAUGACAUUGUUACCGAAUAAGUAUGGAAUUUAUAAGGAAGAAUUAACGUUUAAUUUAUUGUUAAGUCUACUUAAUUUAUUUUAGUAGGUACUUAAUUAGUUCUAAUAUUAUUGAGUAAGGGGUAAUUGAUUUCAUACGUAAUUUAGUUAUUGUAAUGCACUACAUGUACGUACAUUCAACCAAAGAUUAUUUAAAUAUCGUAAUAAGAAUAACUCUACACUGCCAUUAUUAUAAUUUGCUCAAAUACUAGAGGUGUACCAAUUUUAUAUAGGGCAAAGAUAUUUAUAAAUUUAACACAUAGUUUUUCUUUUAAAUCGUCAUUUGUAGCAAGAAGUAGUCAAUCAUUUUCACCUAGAUAUUACGUAAUGAUUUUAAGGAUUUUCACAUACUAGAACUAGUUGAAUAAUACUUGUAACGAACUGAUUUACCAUUUAAAUCUACUUCUUUAAGUUUCAACGUGUACGUGUGGUUUUUUAAAGUAAUUUUUGUACUUUUAGGAAGUACGUAACAAAUACUUGUCCGUCCAUUUUUUAUUGAAUAGAUUAUGUAACAAAUGCUUAAAUAAAUUGUAC